AUGCCGACUGUCACGGUGGCUCGCCGCCUCGUGAGGACUCACGCUGGUGGUGAUGCCUUGGGCGGUGCCAUCUCGGGCCUGAGGCGGAAUGUUCUGGAGGUAUCUGACGAGCUACAGGAGCAAUGGAAGCCCCUUGUUGAGCGGAUCAACGACCGGAUGAUGCUAAUUGAGGACGGCUUGGAGAGCGCUCAAGACAAGGUCGACAUCGUGUCGCACUCUCCAGCUGCUCCAGCUCUUUGGCUUGUGGUCAUCGUCCUGAUUUUCGCCUUUCUCCUUCUUGCCUUCAUCGGCAUCUACUUUGUCUUUACACUUCGGCUCUCGUCGAGGCCGGUCAAAGAGGUGAAACGUCCCGCUUUGCGGGCAGUUCUCCACGCCUUAGCAAUGGAUUCCCCGGCUCCGGACAGAACUUUGGAUGCGGAGGUGAUGCGAAGAACUCUUGGCAUUUUGCGCCGAAUCGUUCCCCCGGUCAGUUUGAGUGAGGGCCUGGUGGCAGCGAUGCAACGUGAACAAGAACAGCGAGCAGCAGCCCUUCACGGGUAUUCAAAGGUACAUUUCAACCACCACAGGGACUUUGAUGGACCGUGGGACGUCGAAGCAUCGACGACUGGUCCUGCCGCAGAAGUCUCCAUUGCGCUUGAGGCCAUGGAUGUCCGCAUCAGACAAAGGAUGCUGAACUUGUCAGAUCCGGCUCGGCCGACAGCCUUUGCUGUGCACCUGCUGGAGGAAUUAAACCAGGCACCGAGCAGACCUUUGCCAGAGGCUGCUGAAGCCGCUGCCGAAAUGGUCCUCCAAGCCUUCACGUCUCCGGAGGAUCAUCGCGCUUUGAGUAUCGCGAUGAACAUUGCGGCCAGAGCACUGCCGGGAAACCGUUGGCGUUUCAAGGAGGCAAGCUUGCGAAGCUUGAUGCGCUUGGGUGCAGAUUCCCGCGCCAUCGUGGCUUUGCUUUUGCACGAUUUGGAUGAAUGCCUUGGACAACCAUGGGCCGCAGUCUCCAAGGUUUUUGCUGCCUGUCCUGAACUCGGGGAAGAGGUUGUCAAUCUGAUCGAUGAGAAAAAGAGGUUGGAACAGCUAGCCUUGCUUCUGUAUCUACGUGCGCUUUCAGAGGACAGCACAACUCAUCACGGGCAGGUGCAGCUUGCUGCGUCGCAGCUCUCCCGCCUUCUCUACUUGCGCUGCUCCAAGGACUUCCGAGCUGCAAUGGUUGAGAUUGCAGAGGUGGAGCAGAUCCUGCGAAAUCUCUCCGCCGCAGUGGCCAGCAGAUUCGGCCUUCCCGACGAGGGCCGGGCCUUGGCUCGCUGCGCUUUGGAUUUGCACGUGCCCUUGGCCCACGGCCUGGGCUUCGACGCCUUGGCCCACAACGGCAGCGUCAACGAGCGGAUCACUCCAUCGCUGGAAAACCGUGCCUUGCGGCUUUAUUUCCCGGAAGAGUACAGCAUGAUCGAGGCAUGGAUGCGAGAAGAAGACGAGCUUUUGAAUCGAACACUUCAGAGAUGCCUCCGAGAAGUUCGAAGAGCUUUGGACGCAGAUGCAGACGUGCGGGGUCUCGCUACAUGCAAGGUUCGAGGCCGCGUGAAGAGUGUGUACAGCAUUGUGAAGAAGCUACUCCGGCAACGGGGGGUUUCUCGAGAAGAUCUGAAAGCUCAGGCCAUCAAGGACUUGCUUGCUGUGGAAGUGGUUGUGGAUCCCGACCCGCUGGCAGAGGUCCCUCAAAAUCCGGAGUGGCUGGCGGAAGAAUGGCGAGAACGAGCUGCAUGCUUUGCGGUUUUGGAUGCGCUGCAGCGCUAUGCCAAAACGACCAAAGGUUGCUGGCGUGGAGCGUUGUGUGCUCCAGCAUCCCCAAGACAUGUCGAGUGA